GUGUUUCCGGGUAACGGUAGAGGGUUAUGAAAUGGUCCGUGCAUGGCAUGGUUAACGGGAGAGCUAACUGUCAGGGUACUGAGGUGGACAUUUUAUCAGCCUGUAACAGACGGUAAGCUGUUACUAUAAGGGGUAACUACUUAUUUUCUGACUGUCUGACCAGCUGUCCCCACUCUCCGAUAACGGAUUUUUACAUUUGUCAUUGCUCGGUUAGCUAGCUAAGUAGUUAACGUUGCUACUUGAAAAUGGCGGAUGUACCGACAGAGAAGAGCCUGGACGAUUUCUUUGCCAAGCGGGAUAAAAAGAAGAAGAAGACAGAGAAAGGGAAGGGCAAGGAACCCGUGCCUGGUCCCACUUCUGCUGUGGUGAAAAAGACGAAGAGGGAAAAGGAAAAGUCGGCGAAAAACGAGAAUCAAGACGCACAGAUUGAGAAGGAUGAGGAGUGGAAAGAGUUUGAGCAGAAAGAAGUGGACUACAGUGGGCUCCGGCUCCAAGCUUUACAAAUAAGUGACGAGAAGGAGGAAGAGGAGUACGAGAAAGAAGAGGUCGGUGAGGAUGGAGAAAUCAUUUUGGUCAGUGGAGACAAAGUGUCAGGGCCCUGGAACAAAUCUGGCACCGCUCCUCCUGCUGCUGCUCCCAUUGAGAGCGUAGAAGCUCCUGAGGUGAAAUCUUCUGGUGUGUAUCGCCCUCCUGGGGCUCGUCUCUCCACCAACAAACGAAGCCAGAACCAGGGCCCUCCUGAGAUCUACAGUGAUGCACAGUUCCCUUCUCUACUGGCCACCGCCAAGCAUGUGGAGACACGCAGGGACAGAGAAAUGGAGAAGACCUUUGAGGUUGUGAAACACAGGAACCGUGGUAGAGAGGAGACCAGUGGCGCUUCGAUGCAGCAUUUGCAGCUUGACAACCAGUACGCUAUCCUGGGGGACAAGUAGACCCGCUCCCCUCCGUCCCCUGGCCCCUCCAGCUUUGUCCUGCCCAGCCCCUUUAAGGAAGCUGAACUCCAGCUGUGUGGACUGCAGUCCUGACAGAGCUCACGCUGCCACCAUCAUCACACUGCUCACUCACACGAGCACACAGCGUCUCACACACACACACUUAUUUCACACAUUCUACAUACAUUUGGUUGGCACAAUGGAAAGACUGCGUCUGAAGGGGCUGUUGAAAGAGGGAGUAAUUGAAAAAGAAUUAGCAAACUACAUGAAAAUGUGCAACGGCAGCAGCAACAAAAGGCGACGUAGUUGUCCUUGGUGGAUUGUACUCGGAGCAAAGAUUGUGUGGCACAAUGUCUCUCUGGACUUCAACUUGCUUUGAUAAAGCCACAGCGGAUCGAAGAUGACUUCACAUAAGAUGAUUUUACAAACUCCUGUGAAAAUAUCUAUUUUUUUGCAAGUUCAUUAUAACCUAAUCACACUUGGUUAUGUUGGGGUGUGUUUAGAGUGGCGGUUGGUGUUUUAGGCCUAGGGAUACUACCUCAGCAGUACAGCUGGUGGUGACGAUUUCUUUUUUUGUUUUUGCUGUGGUGGAGAAUGGGACAAAUACCCACCCCUUCCACACUGGCCAUCAGGCUCUAUGAUUUAAAGAUGACAACAUUUUUCAUAGAUCUAUGGACAAGAAGCGAUAGGUUGUGGUCCUCAUUUAAAAUUUCUAUAUAAAGUGGCCUUAACUGAUGGAGAGAAACUGCUUGGACACAGAACUUUGCUUGUUGUCUCCCAGGCUGUUGCCUGCCCCAGGAUCUCCCCACUUUGUGGGGGGAGGGAACUCCCCUCUGUUUAAGAAUGUACUGUUGUAGUUUUCCUCAUGAUUUCAUCUUCUAACUGUCUUUGAUUUUACUGCCAUUAUUUUAUUUUAGACAUCAGUAAAAGAGUGAUUAAAGCAUGCAUCCUGUCCAAAAAUAUUCUUUGGUAACAAAAGUUAGUGUCAGCAAAAUUACAGUGCAUAUUUGUUGAGGUUGUUUGCUCAUAUUGUUGUCCAGUGGUACCUUUCAGCCCCAGUUCUUUAUACCAGGACCUUGCUUUAUUAAUAUUCAGUGGAACCACAUAGGACAGGUGGAUUGUGCAUCAUUUCAUUUCCAGAGAGUUACAGCAACUACUUGUCUGUAAAUAUCGACUGUCACCAAACCAACAAGAGUACCAUCCACUUAAAGGAUAAGGCCGGUCAUUUUUCAUAUUAAUAGUAUUUUCACCGGUCCCCAUACUCAAACCAACAAUGAAUUGCCUCAGCUCAUGGUUGAUAUAUGUCAGUCUUCAACAUCCAUCCAUUAUCUAUACCGCUUAUCCUGAACAUGGUCACGGUUGGGCUGGAGCCAAUCCCAGCUGCCACUGGGUGAGUGGCAGGUUCCACCCUGGACAGGUCACAAUCUAUCAUGGGGCUGAAAUGUAGACAGACAACCACACACACUAAAUCCUACGGGAAAUUUAGAGUCACCAGGCAACCUAGGCUGCAUGUCUGUGAACUGUAGGAGGAACCCGGAGAGAACCCACGGAGGUACAGAGAGAACAUGCAUACUCCACACAGAAAGGCCCCAGGUUGGCCAGGGCUCGAACCCAGAACCUUAUUGCUGUGAGAUGACAGUUCUGACCGCUGAAAUAAGCAGGAGUCAACUGUGUAGGCGCAAGAUCUCUAUGUGUAGUAGCUGUGUGUGUGUGCGUGCAUUAUUUUUUUUUUUUUUUUUGUGUGUGAAAGAAAUAUUUAGGUCAUAAGCUUUGUAAGAAGAGAAGCAUGUCACCCAGUGCAGCCUGUGUUUCACUGUGUUUUAUUCACUUUUCUACAUCAUUAGAGGUCUAUGGCGCAGGACUGACACACUGUAGGACAUUAAAAGCAGGGUUGGCGACCCCUUACAGAAGCAUUUUUGUUACAUUUCUUGAAUUUUUCCAUUUCAUCCUGAUGGCAGUGAAUACAUUAAAUGCAUUGAUAGCAUAAAGAAAAAACCCUGUCAUCUGUGGCAGCAUGGCUGAUAAAAGCCUGACCAAUAAUUUUAAUUGGGCUGAGAAAAACCAUUGGAUGGUCUUUCUGUCGACCUACUUCCUACUUGUGCACACUCUGCUGUGCAGUCAGUGUGUGAGCUGAGAGUCUCCCGCAAAGCCAGGCUGGCAUGUUAUAUUUGUGGUGGACAGGUAAUUAUUGGUUUUGUUUUGUUUGGGAGGCAUUUAUUUUUUUCCUGAAAUCUGUAAGUAGUCGGGCAGUGAUCAUUGUGUUUUGGAGGAGUGGCUUUGGAGAGAAGUCAGAACAAAAGGGUGGAAUUUUUAUGGUUGGCUUCUUUCAAAAUAAAGCUUUCUCUUGCUGGUUUUUCCAGGACUGCCAAUCCCACCUUUAUUAGGGAAUAGAGGCAAUUCACUUUUGGUUUUAGUCUCUGUGUGGGGAAUAUGAUUAAAUUACUGGCUUUGUCCUUUAAAACCAUUAGUAUGCCCAGUUAAAAUCAAAUGGGCUUUUACUACAAGCAUUAUGUUUAGAAAGUUGAGGAAGAACUGGAUUUUCUGUUUCUGUCCUUUCUAUUAAAGGUGUCAGGUGGGUGUUGAUCCCUGCUGGAUGCUUUGAGUGGCUGUAGAUAAUAUUUGUCAUGAAAAGAGAAGAACCUAACACACAAAUUAAAGUGAUCCUUGUGACUUAAGUCUUGUCUAAAUCUUUAAGGUUAAAAAUGUGAAUUUUUAGUGUCCUUUUCCAGAAAAAGUGAUGGUGUCCAUUUGUAAACUAAAUACUUGUGUUAUAUCUCCCACAGUCACUUACUCCUGUCAUUUUUUUAGGAAAUGGACAUUUUAAAUGACCUUAUAACAAACCUUGACAAAUAAACUUCUUUCACACAACA